CCUCAGUGAAGGGGGAGCUUUCUGGGCUUGGGGCUGUAAUUCAGUCACGUUUGAGGAGAUGGUCUGUCCUUCCCUCCAUCAAACACAGGAAGGCACUGCCAGAGAGGAUGUCUCCAACAUUUUCUCAGCAAAUAUAAAAGUUUUCCACCUGAGAGCCCAUAAAUAGAUCAAUGGAGUAAAGACCAUGAUCCUUGACCUCGAGGGGUACCACAACAAUGACGAAAAGUUGUUCAAAGGAUUGCAUUGCACACCAGAGAAUACAGAGAGGAUAGACACUGCAGGUAGAUCCUGAUCAUCAUCCAAGAACAACUGCACAACUGUGGGAACACAUUACAGUCCCCUUCCAGCAUUCUCAACCCAGAGAAAUUGAGAUUUGGUUGGGUGACUGCAGGUUUGACAUAUCAUCAGAUCUGAACUGGUCAGUGGUAUGAAGCAUUCCAUCAGAACCAACCUAUUCAAGGGUUUGGCUGUGAGUGAUCAGUCAGGCUGAGACUGGAAAAAGUGUCAGUGGCUUCAAGUGUAGUAAGAACUCCAAACAUUCAUCAAGCCUCAUGAACCCCUGAUUCAUUCCUGAAGAUGAGAGGCUGUGCAUGUGAGGUAGUCUCUACAGGCUCAUAAGACCUUAUAAUAUACAAAGUGCAGUUACAAAAGGUCAGUUCAAUGGAACAUAAACCAUUCAAGUGUGAGGUAUGCAACAAAUCAUUCUCAUGCUCAUCUCACUUUCUUGUACACCAACGCACCCACACAGGUGAGAAACCAUUUACCUGUGAUGUUUGUGACAAAUCAUUCUCUCAGUCAGUGACCCUCCGUGUUCACCAACGUAUCCACACAGGGGAGAAGCCAUUUAGAUGUGAAGUGUGUGACAAAGCCUUCACACAAUUAUCAAGCCUCCUGGUCCAUCAGACCAUCCACACAGGGGAGAAACCCUUCAAAUGUGAAGUUUGUGAUAAGGCCUUUCCGACAUCUACAAGGCUCCUGGAACAUCAGAGCAUCCAUACCGGGGAGAAACCCUUCAGGUGUCAGGUGUGCAACAAAUCAUUCUCACGCUCCUCUCACUUCCGGACACAUCAACGCAUUCACACUGGGGUGAAACCAUUCAAGUGUGAGGUCUGCAAGAAAUCAUUCUCUCAGUCAUCAACUCUACGUGAACACCAACGUCUUCACACUGGGGAGAAGCCAUUCAAAUGUGAGGUGUGUAAUAAGGGAUUUGCGCAAUUGCCAGGCCUGGUGAGUCACCGCCGCGUUCACACAGGCGAGAAGAAAAUAUUCACAUGUGAGGUGUGUAAUAAGGAGUUUGAACAGUUAUGGGGCAUGUUGGAUCACCGUCGUAUUCACACAGUCAGUAAUGCUCCUUAGAAACUGAUACAUUCACAUUGAGGAAAAGCUGUGAGGUCUGUGUUGAAGGCUUCACAAGAAAGACCCCCUUUCUGAUACACUGCCUGUUUUAUGCAGAUGAGAAACCAUUGAAUUGGGAGAUGUCUGACUGAGUCUUCACUCUUUACAACACUCAUGAAUCACCAAUGCAUUCAUACAGGCGAGAAGUUGUUUUAGUGUGAAUUUGUUAACAAAAGCUUUGCACAAUCUCAUCAGGCCUGAUGUAUCUUUGGCAUACUCACACUGAAGAGAAACUAGAUAAAGUGCAUGACAAAUCCUCAACAAGCUCAUUGAAGCUUCCUGUCUGAGAAAAUCGCCACAAAGAGAAACCAUCCAAGUCUGAGAUUUAAGAUUAAGUCCUCCUGAGGUAUUCAACUCUCAUAAGAUACGAGAGGAUCCCCGUAGGAGAAAAAGCAUUCAUGAGACAAGGUAUUCAUUAAGUCUGUGUACAUCCUGGUCCACGAAUGCACUCACAUGGGGAGAAACCUAUUUGGUGUGGGAGGUCCAUCAUAAAACCUUCACACAGUUGUUAGACUUACUGGAACAUCAGUGAACAGACACAGGAGUCUUUUCUGCCAUGAUGUGUAUCAGGAUUGUUUUCCCCUCCUUCUCCUGCAGAACAAUAAAGAAGCAUGCCAGCAUCUCAGGCAAAGUAGUCUGAACAAUUGAGGCCACGUGCUCAAACAUUCUUUGGCUCUGCCACUGAUGUACAACCACAGUGUGUACCAUCUACAAGAUGCAUAUAGAAGUUCACCAAGGUUCCUUAGCAUCUUUCAAACCCAUAGUUACUACCAUCUGGAAACAUAUGGGAACACUACUACCUGCAGUUUCCCUGUGAGUUAUGGGAAGGCAUUAGCACAGUUGUAAUGUCACUGGACUAGUGAUCCAGUACCUCAGGCUUAUGUUCUGGGACCUCAGUUUGAAUCCCAACAUGGUAGAUGGUGAAAUUUGAAUUUAGUAAAAAUCUAAAAAUGGAAGUGAUUGUUGUAAAAACGCAACUGGUUUACUAAUUUCAUUGAGGGAAGCAAACUAUCAUCCUAGUCUUGCAUUCAAAUGAUUGACAUACAACCGCACAGUAGCUGAUUCUUAACUGUGCAAUCAUAUCUAAGCAAUAAAUGCUGGCUGAGCUAGUGACACUUUCCAUCAAAGAAUAAAAAUAAACUCUCUAGAGCCACUCACCAUCUUGACUUGGAAAUAUAUCACUGGGUCAAAAUCCUGCAUUUCCCCCAUGAAUGGCAUUGUGAGGAUACAUUCACCAUCUGGACCGCAUUAGUUCACGAAAGCAGCUCAUCACCACUUUCUCAGUUCAUGAUAGGUAAUAGAUGCUUGUUCAGCUAGUGAAUGAAUUUUAAAAAACCCUUCUUAUUAUAGUUAGUUUCAGUUAUUUUAUGACGUUUUGCGAAGAUACAAGGAAAUUUUAUGGUACAUCCGUGCCUAUUUAUAUAGAAUAGGGAAUGUAUACCAUCAUAACCCUCAUUGUCUUUGUUUUGUUUAAUUGGUGAGAGUUUCUCUUUAAGUCAAAUGGUCGUUCUGCUAUAACGUAUGUUUUGUUAACACAAAUUUGCUAUAACAUGAUUGACAACUUGGAAAGGAGAAAGUGAGGACUGCAGAUGCAGAUUAGCUCCGCCUUCUUGACCUGCAAUCUUCUUCCCGACCUCUCCGCGCCCACAUCCUCUCUGGCCUAUCACCCUCAUCUUAACCUCCUUCCACCUAUCGUAUUCCCAACAGCCCUCCCCCAAGUCCCUCGUCCCUACCUUUUAUCUUAGCCUGCUUGCACACCCUCCUCAUUCCUGAAGAAGGGCUUAUGCCCGAAAUGUCGAUUCUCCUGUUCCUUUGAUGCUGUCUGACCUGCUGCGCUUUUCCAGCAACACAUUUUUAAGCUCUGAUAAAUUGGAAACACUGUUUCUAAAGCAUGAAGUUUUAAAGUACUAUUGGUUAUAACGCGAUUCCAAUAAUUUAAAUGGUGAUGCAAUUGCAUGAUUUUCUUUAAACAUUGGUUUGCAUGAGAGCGGUACUACUGUAUUACAGCAGAACUAACUAUACCAAUGACUAGUUUUAUAGACCAUAUGUUAGAUCAUGUUUUUCUCUGUCUCUGGGUGCUUGGAGUGUGUUAUUUGACCUUGAAAGCAAAGUUGCUUGUAAACUUAAACUUAUAUAAAAUUAAUACAGAAGACCACCAAGUACUAAUACAAAGAAAUUACAAAGUAGGUAGCAGUUAAAAAAUAGUGCAUGUAUAAAAUAUGUGCCUCCUGGGCAGUCUAUAAAGAUGGACUAAUGAGAUAUUAUACAUUCAGUCUAUCAGUCUAGAGUAUAAAGGUCU